GGUUUUUAAUGCCCAGGUAGGGUAGAAUAUCCAGUGUCAACAUUCCUUAAACAUUGGGGAAUUAAGGACUUCUCUGUAUGUCCAUAUAUACUAUACAUACAAGUGCAAGCAAGAUCUCUAAAAGUAGAUAAAGUUUGCAAGGUCAUCAUUUAACUUUCAUUCCAAAAUGGGAUUUAAUGACAUCUUAGAGAACAUUGGAGGGAUCAGCCGUUUCCAGGUACUCCAUACUGCUAUGCUGCUGCUUCCUAUGUGCUUUAUGGCAUGCCAUAGUUUUCUGCAAAAUUUUUCCGCUGCUGUACCAGCUCACCACUGCAAGGUACCACUGAUGGACAAUGGUACCAGAGACUACGGUCACGUUGACUUUUUAUCCUUCAUACCAGUGGAUGAGAAUCAAAAGCCCAAGUCUUGCCUGCGUUACAGAGAAGCUCAUUUCGAUAUCUGGACAAACAAUUCAUUGACCAACAGCACAGAGCCAUGUGGUGAUGGAUGGGUCUAUGAUAAGAGUGUCUUCUCUUCCACCAUCAUCACAGAGUGGAAUUUGGUCUGUAGGUUUCGGAAGAUGAAGCAGGUGGCUCAAUCGAUCUAUAUGGCUGGAGUCUUGAUUGGAGCAGUACUGCUUGGGGGUUUAGCAGACAGAUUUGGAAGAAAGAUUCUCCUGAUGAGCUCGUACUUCAUGAUGGCUGUGUUUGGCACCUGCACUGCAUUUCUUCCCAGUUUUGUGUGCUACUGCGUCUUCAGAUACCUCUGCGGGAUGGCUUUCUCUGGGAUUGCUCUGAAUACUAUCUCACUUAUUCUAGAGUGGACUCCACCCAAAGGACGGACUGUGGUUGGCACACUCUUUGCAUUCAGUUUCACAGUUGGUCAGAUGCAGCUAGCAGGACUGGCAUAUGCAAUCCGAGACUGGAGAUGGCUUCAGUUCACAGUGUCUGCCCCCUACUAUUUCUUCUUCCUGUACUCAUGGUUUAUCCCAGAAUCUGCCCGUUGGCUUAUAAUGAAAGGUCGAACGCGUCAGGCUCUGAAGGAUCUUCAGAGAGUGGCCAGAAUAAAUGGAAAGCAUGAGGAAGGAGACAGACUCUCCGAGAAGGUGUUAAUCUCCCACAUGCAAGCUGAGAUGAAGCACAUUCACCAUUCGUAUUCACCAGUAGAUCUCUUCCGCACACCAGGGAUGCGCAGGGUGACAAUCUCUCUCUUAUUGGUGUGGUUCUCUACAAGCUUUGUAUUUUAUGGACUCUCAAUGGACCUACAGAAAUUCGAUAUGAGUAUUUUCUUGCUCCAGUUAGUCUUUGGAGCAAUUGAUAUCCCUGCAAAGGUUCUUGGUGCAGUUUCCAUGAGUUAUCUUGGGCGCAGGGUGACACAAAGUGCUGCAUUGAUGCUGGCUGGGACAACAAUGUUGGCAAACGCAUUUGUUCCUCAAGGUUUAAAAACCUUGCGUAUAGUUUUGGCAGUGCUUGGAAAAGGACUUGUGGGAGGAUCAUUCAAUUGUGCAUACCUGUACUCUGGUGAGCUAUUUCCCACUAUACUAAGGCAGACUGGUAUGGGGGUCGUUGCUAUGAAAGCCCGGGUAGGCUCGAUGGUUGCACCAUUGGUUCUGAUGCUAUGGGAGAUAUCUCCUAUUCUUCCCUCUGCUAUUUAUGGAGUUGCCGCCAUCAUAUCUGGAGUUGCUGCCUUAUUCUUGUGUGAAACGCGCAACCAACAGCUGCCAGAUACAGUGGAAGACGUGGAGGCCAGAUUCCGAGCUAAAGAUUCAUGCCAGACGGACCCAGAAGAAGAAAUGGCUCUGAAGAAGUGCCAACCGCAAGCUUCAAGAGGCCUCCUAGCAGAUACUGUUUAAUUCCUUUAUGAGUAAAAGAUGUUGCCCUACGAAUGUCUUUAGACCAAAGAAAAAUACUACCUUAGCCAUAAUAUGGCUCUACUGCCCGUGGCAACUGCAGGAUACCUUUAUAACAUUUUUGCAGUAUUAAUUUUAAUUACACGUUUAACUAUAGCACGUGUAAAUGUUAUUUAACCCAUUAACCCUUCAGGACCGGACUGUUUUGGCCAUGUUGUACAUUAAGAACCAGAGCAGUUUUAACACUUUUGUGGUGUUUGUUUUUAGCUGUAAUUUUCUACUUUCUCAUUUACUGUUCCAAUACAAGUUCUAUAUUGUUUUUUUUCAGGACAAAAGGGGCUUUCUUUACAUACCAUUAUUUGUAUC